CACUUCCGGAGGUCAAAGGUAGUCUUCGUAUUUGAAAACAUGGAUCCUAAAAAAGUGGGAGAAGGCAGGACGAGUGGAGAUGGAGACAUUGCAUCUGUAAUGGGAUUCUCUGGCUUUGGUAAAAAGGCCCGCACAUUUGACCUGGAUGCUAUCUUUGAACAGACCCGUCGAACAGCCAUCGAGAGGAGUCAGCGUGUAUUGGAGGAGCGUCAGUUGGAGGAAGAAGGGGAAAGCUCCAAAUCUGUGGAGUCAUCACUUCCCACCCCGAGAGACAAACCUGCUGCUGCUUCUUCCAGGAAACAGGAGAGCAGUAGUGACAGCAGUUCAGACUCAGACUCUGAUUCAGACUCUGAGCUUAUUGGACCUCCACUACCUCCUCAGUAUAAAGCUCAGGGUGACAAAGAUGAGCAUAUGAGACAAGCUCGCAGCACAGCUAACAGUGAUGAUGAUGAUGAUGAUGAAGAGGAGGUGCAAGAUGAUGAAGAUGAUAACCCAGUGAAGAAGAUUCCAGACACUCAUGAAAUCACUCUGCAGCACGGCACCAAGACGGUUUCAGCUCUUGGCUUGGACCCCUCUGGAGCUCGUCUGGUCACUGGCGGUUAUGAUUAUGACGUUCGGUUCUGGGAUUUCGCUGGCAUGGACCAGGCUCUGCAGGCCUUCAGGUCCCUGCAGCCUUGUGAGUGUCAUCAAAUCAAGUCCCUGCAGUACAGCAUCACCGGCGAUGUCAUCCUGGUGGUUUCUGGGAACGCUCAGGCUAAGGUGUUGGACCGCGAUGGCUUCAAUGUCAUGGAGUGUGUGAAGGGAGACCAGUACAUUGUGGAUAUGGCCAACACCAAGGGGCACACCGCCAUGCUGAACUGUGGCUGCUGGCACCCCAAGAUUAAAGAAGAGUUCAUGACCUGCUCCAAUGAUGGAACUGUGCGUACAUGGGACCUUGAGUCAGAGAAGAAACACAAGUCUGUGUUCAAACCACGCUCGUUCCAGGGGAAGAAGGUCAUUCCUACGUGUUGCACCUACAGCCGCGACGGGAAGCUCAUAGCAGCGGGCUGCCAGGAUGGCACCAUCCAGAUCUGGGAUAGAAACCUCAGCGUGCACACAAAGUUUCACUGUAAGCAAGCUCACAUCCCGGGAUCAGACACCUCCUGCCUCUCCUUUUCCUAUGACGGCGUGACGCUCGCUUCACGUGGAGGUGAUGACACCCUGAAGACGUGGGAUAUACGAAACUUCAAGAAGCCUGUGAAUGUAGCUACUGGCCUCACCAACUACUUCACAAUGACCGACUGCUGCUUUAGUCCAGAUGAUAAGCUCCUUGUUACGGGGACCUCAGUGAGGAAAGAAGAGGGAAAUGGAAAGUUGGUUUUCUUCGACCGAGCUUCCUUUCAGAAAGUCUAUGAAAUAGAGGUCACCAAUGCAAGCGUUGUCCGCUGUCUGUGGCACCCGAAGCUAAACCAGAUCAUGGUCGGGACUGGGAACGGACUGGCCAAGGUGUACUAUGACCCUGUUAAAAGCCACAGAGGGGCUAAGCUUUGUGUAGUGAAGAGCAAGAGGAAGGAGAAACAAGCAGAGCUACUGACACAAGAUUACAUCAUUACACCUCAUGCCCUGCCAAUGUUCAGAGAGGCCCGGCAGCGGAGUACACGGAAACAGCUGGAGAAGGACCGACUGGACCCAAAGAAGUCCCACAAACCAGAGCCUCCUGUGUCUGGACCAGGUCGUGGAGGAAGAGUAGCUGCUCAUGGUGGCACCCUGUCGUCUUUCAUCGUAAAGAACAUCGCUUUAGAUAAAACAGACGACAGUAACCCACGAGAGGCCAUCCUUCGCCAUGCCAAGGACGCUUCAGAAAACCCUUACUGGGUUGCCCCAGCUUACACACACACCCAGCCAGAGCCCGUGUUUGCAGAGGAAUCUGAGGAGGACGAGGAGGCCGACAAGGAACCAGAGUGGAAGAAACGCAAGAUCUGAGGUGCUUCAGCAGCAGAUUUUUUUAUAUAAAGGAUAGCUGACAGGGUGGGCUUGUGGUUGGUUAUAAAACCUCAUAACCACAAGUUUUCAGCAAUCUAUCCCAGAACAUUAAGUUGCUGUCACAAACUGUGCAGAUGAGCAUCAAUUACAUCAGUUGUACAAACCUGCCCUCCCCUCUUCUGUAUUUUUUAGCUUUAAUGUAUUUAUGUACAUGCUUCUGUGUUGUCUGGCCAGCAGAGGCAUUUUUAUGGAGCAAGCCUAAUAUAAUUUUAUACAGGUUUAUGUUGCCAUUCAUCAACCGCUGGAAAAACUUGGCUUUUUACGUCUGUUUGGAUUAAACGUACUUAUUUCUCAUCAUUUCUAUUGUCCUUUCCUCCCACAGCCCUUGAGUCUGCUAAUUCCACAUAAAUCAGCUCCAGAUUUUGCGGUCUAGUCCUGUUCAUCAGCUAUGGAGAACAGUUUACUAGAUCGUAAGGAGAUUGUAAAGAUGUAAAAAAAAGCCGCUAUAGUUUCUAGAACUGCAUUUUUUUUUAUGUGAUGUACAAAACUUCAUUCAGCCAGCUGCUAAUUUAGCGUGUUUCCAUUAUUUUCCUUCACCUCAACAACCUAAAUAAAGGAAUUUGUGCUC